AUGGAGACCGCUCAAGCACACCUCCUCGUAAACAUCCAUGAAGAGAUUACAAAAGGUACUUUCACUGACCUACAAAUUAUAUGUAAAGACGGAACAACGACCGGAAACCGCAUCGUACUGGCGGCGAUGUCAUCAUAUUUCCGGGUCAUGUUCAGUUCUGAUAUGGCAGAGAGUCAGACGGGCGUCUUGAACCUUCCCACGGUGUCUUUGUCGGUGUUGCAAGCUAUCAUCAAAAUGUGUUUGUGUGGAAUUAAUCUAGUGAAUGAAACCAACUGUGUUGAGGUAUUGGAUGCUGCUGAGAUGAUGCAGCUUGACCACAUCAAAGACAUCUGUGACAUAUUCCUGAAGGAUAGCCUAGUACUGACAGGUGACAACUGUCUAAAUUGGUGGAGACUUUCUAAACUUUACAAUUUGCACGAUUUGUCCAACCGAUCAUUAUCCUGUUUGGCUGACGAGUUUGCUGAUUUUGUUGAAACAGAAAACGUUGUUCAGCUGUCAAAGGAAGAACUUAUGGAAAUCAUUUCAAAAGAAGAGAUGAAAUGUACAGAAGACAUCAUUCUGAAAGGCGCCAUGAAGUGGAUUGAGCAUAAUAACCCGGAUCAAGAUGAUGUGAAACUGAUUUUUGAAAACGUGCGUCUAGAUAUUUUUGAUUCACAGAUUCUGAUUGACCAAGUGGUGUUUUCAGACAUUGUUUCUAAAAAUAAAUCUGUCCAAGAAAUGAUACAGAAAGAGUUACAUUCACAUCGACAAGUUACAGCUCGUACACGGGUCAGUCCCAAGAUACCUGAAGUUUUCGUUCUCCUUUAUAACAAGACGUCACUUCUGUCUUGUUUCACGUCAGACGACAAGUGGGAGGACGUUCCACCAGCACCAGUAGAUCCUGGAGAGUGGUAUUCAGCAGCAGGUCUGGACGACAAGAUCUAUAUCACUGGCGGUCUUAACAAGAAGAAAUGUACAUUGAUAUAUAACACCGCGAGAAAGGUGUGGACAGUAGGUCCAGAUCUCACACAUGACCACAGCGGUCACUGUAUGGUCACAGCUAACUCUAAAGUGUACUCGAUAGGUGGUGCUUAUAGCAGCAAAAUAGAGGUAUUGAACGAGAGUGAGACGUACUGGCAGGUUGUUCGAGAUUUGGGAUUGACACGAUAUAACUCUUUCCCUUUUACAGUUGGUGAGAACAUUCUCGUUAUCGGAGGAAACACAUCCUCAGGCGGAUCAGAUGUUAUCCAGUGUUUUAACACCACAACUCUCACUGUCAGUCAGCUGAAUAUAAAGUUACCUUGUAGCUCUGAUUCACUAAGAGGCUGUGUUCACCUCCCAGAUGUUUAUCUGUUAGACACCGAAGGCCACGUGAUGCACCUCCAGGUCACCAACACGGGUGGAGAAAUCAAGAUUCAGGUUAAAUCCACAGCAGAAUGGAAAUCAUUUAGAUACUGCUUUGGUAUAACACACCGAGACGGAAGCUUGUUGUGUUUUACAAAAGAUGGAAUCAGCAAAUUCAACCUCGCUGAAGGUAUACAAGAACAGAGUACAUUCCCUAAGUCACCUAGAAGUGACGUAGUGUACGACAUGUGUACGGUGUCCUGUGGGAAAACAUCGUGA